AUGGUGUUGCCUCUCUCUUUACUCAAAACUGCUCAGAAUCAUCCUAUGCUUGUUGAAUUGAAAAAUGGAGAAACAUAUAACGGCCAUUUGCAAUCCUGCGACUCAUGGAUGAAUAUCCAUCUUAGAGAUGUUAUUUUUACUACCAAGGACGGAGAUAAGUUCUACAAGAUGUCGGAAGUUUACGUUCGUGGUUCCACAAUCAAGUACUUGCGUAUUCCAGAAACGGUUGUGGACCUUGUUAAGAACGAAGUCAAUGAAGUUCGUCGUCAACAGAAGGACAUGCAAAGAGCCAGAAAGCAAUUGGCUAAUGCCCAACGUAACCAAAACCAGCCCCCAAGAGGAGGAGGAGGCGGUCGUGGAGGUUACGCUGCCGGCCAAAGAUAA